AAGCGCCAUUUCAAAUUCUCUGGCUCCUGCGCAACUUUCGGAAACCCAAUUUUGUAAUUGUGCAUCUUAUCAUUUUUUUUCCUCUCUUCCUCUUGACGUAAUCUCAUAUUAACUGGGUCGGGCUCAUGUUCUGUAAACACAUAGAAGACUUGUGCUUGGUUUUUUUUUGGGGGCCUAUUAAUAAUUAAACAAUCACUAUUAUUAGUUGCGUAUUAUAUUGAUUGGAAAAAAUACAUUAUAUAAGGUUAUAGCUAUAAUAUACCUCUCUACUAUAACGUUUUAUCAAACAUGCCCCUCUACUAUUUUUUAUAUCAAACAUGCCCUUGUACUUUGUAAAAAUGAUCAAACAUGCCCUUUUGUUAAAAUUUUCAUCUAAAAAACCGUUAACCAAGGCCGAACUUUAGUUUGGCCGACACAAAUGACUAAAAUAUCCCUAAUAAAUUCACUUUAGAAUUUUUUUGGUUAUUUUGUAUAAUCAAAUCAUUCAAAUAAUGUCACUUUGAAAAGACCCAGAGAAAUAAAACAGGGGAAAGACUGACAUUUUCCCUCCCAUUUGUCGAUGUCGGGUCGUCUAAAUCUCAAUUCAACCAUGAUUGACGAUUUUUUCAAUCAAAAUUUUAACAGAAGGCCAUGUUUGAUAAUUUUUAAAAGUACAGGGGCAUAUUUGAUGUAAAAAAUAGUAGAGGGGCAUGUUUGAUAAAACUUCAUAGUAGAGGGGCAUAUUAUACCUAAAAAAUAGUACAGGAAAAAAUUGACUAAUUCUCUCAUUUUUUUUUAAAAUGAGUUAUUUAAAACGAGUUAAUUCUAAUUAUCACUCUCAAUUCUAGAUAAUUAUAAUUAUCUCAAAAUAAGUCAAUUUGAUUCUACCAAAAAAAAAAUAAUAAGUCAAUUUGAAAUUUCCCGAGCCAAAUUGCUUCAUUCAAAUUUAUACUGCCAAACAUACAAUUUGUCCCAAUUGUCUCAAUACAAAAUAAUUGGGUCAAAUUGAUCCGUUAAAAUUCUUCAUCCAAACGAUUCCUAAGUCAACUAAGUUCCGCACAACAAGGAAACUAGGUCUUCUUUUUUACUUCUUUGUUGUACAUCAAGUAGACCUGGCAAUCGGGUCGGGUUGGGGUCUCGGGUUACGGGUGGGCUCAUAUUGGGUUAGCUGAUUUCAGGUCAACUAUUGACCCAACCCAUCGGGUUUCGGGCCAGGUUACAAGUUGUUUUGGGUCAUGAGCCCUCUCAGAAACAAUAUCAAACAUGCUUCAUAUUUUUUGAAAGAACACAAAUAUUCACAUUUGCAUGGCAAUAGUUUACCUAACACAUGUCAAUUAACAUAAUUCUCAAAUUUUCCCAUGCUAAUGAAAUGAAAUAGAAAUUUCACAAAUCGUCAAAAAAUAAUCAGAAGAGUAAACUACUACAAGAAAGUGAGAAACCCAUGAUAUUUGAUUAUAUCCUUAAACUCCAAACAUGUCUUUCAAAUCCUCAUGAAUUUUUCUAAACAUACCUAUUUAUGAGUGAUUUUAUCAUUUUGGGAGUGACAUAUGAAAUGGAACGGGUCUAACGUGUCGACCCACUAACCCACCCAACCCGACCCAAAAAACACAGGUUAAUCGGGCCGGGUUAUUCAGGUUUAAGGUUUUAAAAACUUCUAUUUUUUGGGCGGGUAUGGGUCAGGUCAACGGGUCGGAUUGUAAUUUGCAGGUCUAACCAUAAGUAUAAGGGGAACUGAAAAUAGUAAAUAUAAAUUAGAUGUUCUUAUAGAAAUACUUUGAGUGUAAAGUGCAUUUGAAUAUUUAGCCAAAUACCUACAUAAGUUCGCUUUUAAAGUAUUUUUUUACUUCAAAAGAUAAAAUUGAGCCAAUUACCUACAUAAGCACGACAAAAAAAAAAGAUGAAAAUUAUUUUUCAAGCAUAAAAAAUAAGUUUCGAUACGGAGUUUCUGCAAAAAAAAAUAUAUAUUAAAUUACAAGAUUAUCCUUAUAAUUUUUAUAAUGUUAUAGAAAUCUCUUUCAUAUAUAUAAUUUUAAUAACAACUUUUUUUUGUAAGGAAUUUUAAUAAUAACUUAAUAAUAAAAUAAAAUUAUUUAAUAAAAUAAAUUCAACAAGAUUCAUUCUGACUAUUUUUAUUUAUUUAUUUGACUUUGUAUACAUAUUUAUAUAUAAAUCCAUUUCAGUCAUCUUAUAUUAAGUUUUCGUAAUGCUUCUUUAAAAGUUCCAACCAAAAGUUACAACAAAAUAAGCUAAAAGUAUCAACCUUCGUGUUUUUUUCUUUUUAAGUGUUUUUUCUUUUUAAUGUAUAUAUGAUUAAUGUUAUCAAGUUUGGAGUAUCUGAUUAGUUAGAGAUUUGUGAUAUGAAAUCAAAUGGUAUGGAAAUCAAUACAAUAGACAUUCGAAAAUGUAAGUUUAUGGUUUUAGAAAGACACGAACCACAAGCUAAGGUGGGACUAUGAGAGGUAAUCGAGAGUGAAGUGAGAAUCCCUCUAUCAUUAAUUGUUUGUUGUUGUUGCUACGGUAUGUGAAAGACAUUCAUGGCAUCACAAGAAUCCAUUAAUUUUUUGGUGUGCAGAAACUCGGCUUCCAAAUCAGGGAUAUAAUCAAACAACUACUCAAUCUCAAUGGGACUUUCACUAGAUGGAUGAUGGAAAAAGAAUGACUAAUAGUUUAGGUAAAUGCCAAGAAGGCAUUAAAGCACAACAUCAACAAUAGAAAUAGUAGCACCAAUGAAAGAGAGUUCAGAAGUGAUAGACUAAAUGGAGAGCAAACAUGCAUACAUAUCACAAUCACCAUGCUGCUCCAAUCGAAGGUGAUAUUUGAGGAUUAUCGCACAAGAAUGAGAUUUGAUGGUUUAGCGCUUCUGAAGAGUUUUUCAAGAAGCAUGAGCAUUUGGUUAGUAAUUGAUACAAAAGGCUGUAGCUAGACUCAUAAGGAGCAAAUUGUUGGUUAUAGGUCUCGAACUCAGGUCAUUAGAAAUAAAGCAGCUGGCUCAGUGGUUUUUCUUUAGUUUAGUCCUUUCGUGGUUUUAGCAGAGUAGUUAGUAGUCCAGCGAUCUAUUUGGAUCUUGCUGUUGAGGUCUGUUGAGGUUGUUGAUCAUGGCCGAUUCCUGUGGCCUUCUUUUGUACUUAAGGACGUUGGUGUCCACUUUGAAUAAACGUCAGAUUGCAAUACAUCGAGUUAACAAAGUGGUAUCAGAGCUCGUGCAAGCUGUAACCAAGAGUGUUUGUUUCUGCAUUUGUGUUUGCAGAAGGGAAAAGGGAAACACGAGAGAUUUGUGAGGCUAAAACACCUGGGUGGGUGAGAGAUUAGCACUUGUGGUGUGCUAAGGAAUUUUUACAGAGAUGAGUGAGGCAAGUAGUUUUGCACAGGUGUGCAUACCCAAGUUCGAUGGCGAUUUUUCUCACUGGAGCUUACUGAUGAGAAAUCUUCUCCGCUCGAAGGACUAUUGGAAGGUGGUGAGCGAAGGAUUCAAAGAGCCAGAGGAAGGGGAAAGACUCACUGAAGAGCAGACCAAGGCCCUGGAAGACCUCAGGAUGAAGGAUCUGAAAGCCUUGAACUAUUUGUUCAGUUCAAUCGACAAGACGAUUUUGAAGACGAUUUCCAAGAAAGAGACAUCUAAGGAGCUGUGGGAUUCCAUGGCGGUGAAAUAUCAAGGGAGUGCUCGUGUCCAGCAGGCACAGUUGCAAGGGCUGAAGAGGAGCUACGAGCUCCUGGAAAUGAAAGAAGGUGAAAGAAUCUCUGAUUACUUUGGUCGAGUAAUGGCUGUUGUUAAUUCAAUGAGAAACUGUGGUGAUAACAUACCUGAUGGUGAAGUAGUAGGCAAGAUUCUGAGAACCUUGACUGAUACAUACAAUUACGUGGUGGUGUCGAUAGAAGAAUCUAAGGAUAUUGCGACACUCACCAUUGAUGCUCUUCAGAGUUCCUUGAUUGUACAUGAACAGAAGUUUACUAGAAGAACUACAGCAGGGGAGGAUCAGGCUCUCAAGGCCACUCAUGAGUUUGGAGGAAGAGGAGGUCGAGGAAGGUUUGGUGGUUCACCUGGCAGAGGCAGAGGAAGGGGAGGAAGGAGCUGGAUUAAGGAAACAGUUGAAUGCUUCAAAUGCCAUAGACUUGGGCAUUUCAAGCAUGAAUGUCCUGAGUGGAAUUCAAUUCAAAGGGCAUAUUACUCAAGUUCCCAGCAGUUGCAGGACAGGUCGUAUGGGGAUAUGCAGGAGGAUGUACUGCUUAUGGCAUUUGUUGAGCAAGGAGAAGGCAGUGAGGUGAUGGAGAACAAGAAGGAAGAGCAGAAGACUAAUGAGGACUGGUGGUUCUUGGACUCAGGGUGUAGCAACCAUAUGAGUGGCAACAAGAACUGGUUUACUGCAAUUGAUUCAGGUACUCAGUGUUGUGUGAAGCUUGGGAAUGACUACAAAUUGAAUGUAGCAGGAAAGGGUACUGUGAAGUUGCUAGUAAACCAGGUGUCUCUGAUCGUCCAAGAUGUCUUCUAUGUCCCAGGAUUGCAGACUAAUUUGCUAAGUGUAGGGCAGCUGCAAGAGAAAGGACUUGCAUUCCUAAUCAAAGAAGGAUUAUGCAAGAUCUUUCAUGAGUCUAAGGGUCUUUUGUUGCAGACUCAAAUGAAAACAAACAGAAUGUUUGUUCUUCAUGCUCAAAAGGGAAGGGAAGAAGAGAUGCAGUGCCAUCAAGUCAUCAAUACCCCAGAAUCUUCACUGCAACUUUGGCAUAGACGCUUUGGACAUGUCAGUCCUGCUGGUCUGGUGCAGCUGUAUAGGAAAGGAAGAGUGGCUGACUUACCAGAGCUGAAAGGGAAGCUGGGAAUCUGUCAUGCUUGUCAGAUAGGCAAGCAACACAGGAAGCCAUUUCCAAAGAAAAGUCACUGGAGAGCAAGCCAAAAACUGCAGCUUAUACAUGCUGAUCUCUGUGGUCCUAUCACUCCAGCAUCCAACGGUGGAAAAAGGUAUAUCUUGACUCUCACAGAUGAUUUUUCAAGGAAACUAUGGGUUUACUUUAUGGAUGCUAAGUCAGAAACACUUGAGGUGUUUAAACGUUUCAAAGCUCAAAUUGAAAAAGAAACUGGGAUGAGUAUAGUGUGUCUGAGAACAGAUCGUGGAGGGGAGUUCUUGUUGAACGAAUUCAAAGAGCUUUGUGACAAGGAAGGCAUAAGGAGGCAACUGACAGCAUCCUUCACACCUCAGCAAAAUGGUGUGGCAGAGAGGAAGAAUCGUAGUAUCAUGAAUAUGGUGAGGUGUCUACUGGAAGACAGUCAUGUUCCUGCAAGUUUUUGGCCAGAAGCAGUUGCUUGGGCUUCUCAUGUUUUGAACAGGAGUCCUUCCUCAGCAAAUCAAGGUAAGACUGCUCAAGAACUUUGGACCGGAAAGCCACCUACAGUAUCUCACCUUAGAGUGUUUGGAUGUGUUGCAUAUGCUCACAUUCCUGAUCAGCAUAGAAGGAAAUUGGAUGACAAAAGUUUGAAGUGUAAUUUCCUGGGUUUAUCAGUGGAAUCCAAGGGAUAUAAGCUAUUUAAUCCAAUCACCAAGAAGGUGAUUAUAAGUAGAGAUGUUGUCUUCGAUGAACUAAAGGGUUGGAUUUGGGAAGAAGACAUGCAGCCAGGAGUAACCUUCCUUUCUUGGGAAGGCAGUGAAGAAGAGUGGUUGGAUUCAGAUGAUGAAGAUGGUUUGGAAGAAGAAGAAGCUGACUUGGAUGACACUAUGGCCUCUCCUGGUCAGUCUAGUCCACAAUCCUCAAGUCCAACUUCUGCAACUCUCUCCACUGCAGGACAAGAAACAGGGGCUGAAGCAAGUACUCAAUUGCCACCUAGAGAUAGAAGAUUACCUGCUUAUCUGAAUGAUUAUGACUGUGAGUUUGCAGAUGUUGAAUGGCUGGUCAUGGUUGCUGACACGCUAAAACACAACACCUAACAAUGGCCAAGUGUAACCAAUGAAAGGAACUGCAGCAUAGGCAAGUUUAAUUAUCAACCCGGGGUCUAGAUCUACUGCUUACUCCGUGAUUCUCUAUUAUCUAGCAAACUAAGUCGAGUGAUUGUUGUGAAAAGUAAAAGCAACAAGAAAGCAGUAAAUUGUUCGGGUUUCUUAAGCAGGCAAGAGUCACUCGGGAUUGAGUCCCCCUAGCCCCUUCGUUAGGUUCAAUUGCAAUUCCCUGGGUUGAUUUACUGUUGAUUAGACUGCGGAAGAUCCGACAGUAGCUUGGAAUCUCUUAAGCUGACCAAGCCCUCUCAGUCUAACUACCCGGCAGACGACUAGUCUUCACCGGGAUAGAAAGCUGAGGCUAUGAACACAGAACUCCACUACUGGCGUCAAGAACACCAGUACAAAGCAGUCAACUGGCUAACUCUCGUAUAACCAAUCUCCUACUAUCGAAUGAAGAGGCUCUAACAACCUAAUCAGAUUCUAUCUAUCUCAGGUUGAAGCAGAAAUUGAGACAAGCUGAUCAGACUCAAAUCAAUUCAUGAAACAUGCGUCAUUCGAUUAAAAUCAAGCAGUAAUAUCAUCCCAAGUCAUUACAAUCAAAUCCCUAACACAAGGAACUAGGGUUCUUCAUACCCAAGUGAGAGAAGGGUUCUACUCCAUAGAGAGAGAAGAGAAAACAAGAAUCAGAUUAGUCAUACUCAUAACGAUGAGGAUAAUCUGCUCCGGGACGAUGAUUUUCACUCCUAUGACGAUCUCCAGGCUCGAUUCGAUGAAAUCCAGCUCUUAGACUGCUUCUAGGAUGAGUUCUUCGCACUUUCUCUCUCUAGGGCUCUGUUUUUGCUCUCAAAACACGAUUCUCUCACUUUUGGCUCGAAUUAGGCUUUAAAACCGACUUUCCCGAGUUGCACGGCCAGGUGCACGGCCGUGCACUACACAAUUCUGGCCGUGCACCCUCAAAACGCGCCGUUUCAUUUGUUGGGUCUUCGUCCAUCUUGCACGGCCAGGCGCACGGCCGUGCAAGCUUCAAGCCUGCCCGUGCAUGGCCUCGACAUGAGGUGCACGGCCAAAUGGCUCAAGUGCACGGCCGUGCAGCCUCCUGGUCUGCCCGUGCACUCCCCAAACAGCUCGCCCUUCGUCCGUUCUUCGUCCAAUCGACCCCAGACUCGCUCCUAAGCCUUCAUUCACGUACUAGGACCUGAAAUAACACAAACAAGCACAACCUAGCGUGAAAUCGGCCUAAAACACGAGAAUCAACACCUCAAACGGUGUAAGUAUGAGGGUAAAAACAUGUGUAAAUGACGGUCUAUCAAACUCCCCCACACUUAACCGUUUGCUUGUCCCCAAGCAAACCAAGUCAGACACUAAGUAAGCUUACAUAUUUCAAUCAACCAACAUUGGGGACAAGUCAUAAAGGCACAAAACACGUGAAUUGCACUGGUUCUCAAACAUCAAUACAUGCACAACCUCAAUAACAACCUGGACAACCA